AUGUAUCUUAGUCUGUUGCAAAAGACUGAUAAUAUCGAAAAUGAAAAAAACAUGACUAAAGAAGCUGUUGAGAACCUACAACAAGACUAUUCUAACGUAGAGGAGAUAUAUUUGGCGCUUUUCAAUGGCUAUAAAGCGUUCGAGGAGGUAAACAUGAUGAACAUACACGAGUACAAUCGAGUGAUCGAUGAACUCAAGCAGCAAAAUGCUGACUCUACGGCACAGCGGUUUAUGAUUGAGAAUAACAAAACUGAGAUGUUAGCAGCUAGCCCUUUCGGAACAGUUAUAAGCACAGCAACGUUUGUACUUCGUGAUGGUGUCUUAAAUAAACGAAAUCGUCAAAGAGUUGAUAUCAAUUUAGAAGAACAUCCCGGUAAAUUAUCCAAUUCAGAUCCAAUAUGGAUAACGGUAGCUGCUAACAAUAAUCUACCGCAAGGGACUAAGAUGGGUAAAAAUGAACAGUACAGAGCGGAAGCAAAUCAACUGGCGCAUCAGGAUGUAAGAUCUCAUCCGCAAGAUUUUUCAAUGACUCCUAAACGUGUGCGCGCUGAGUCAUCGUACGAUCUUUCACCGAUGUUGAGUCUAGACAAAAAAAAGAAGACACUCAAGGGGACACUCGUGUACUGGGGUCGAAAUAUAUCCGUGUAUCUGAUUUACAUCAAUCCGGAUCUGUCGAAGCUGAUUAAUAAACUCCUGUUUGAGAAAGAUAUUGACCAGCAGGGAAAGAAUAAUCUAGUAUUUUAUAUUCUCAAGCACUCACCUAGCGUGUUCAGUCAUCUACACAUCAUAGCACGGAAUACCGAUCAAGAACUAUAUAAUCAUCUGCGCGAUAAGCUAGGAGAGUUUGUUUCCUUCUACGAUGCUGAUAAUGUCCCGCUGGUUGAUGACAUUUGUAAAUCGAAAGGCAAUGGAUUAGAAUGA